UGCACCACUUGGAUCACAGAGCAGACAGAGAACCUCCACACCUUCACUGAAGACUUUCAGCAUAUCCAGUAGGAAAAAAGAAGCCAUGGAUUCACAAAUUGCAAAGAAAACUCAAAGCCUCACCACAGCUGAAGAGAUGAGGAACCAAACCAAGCUUGUGAUGCAGCCGUAUGCCAACUGGGAGGAGUAUCUGACUCCUGCUCCUCUCUCCAUAGCCAUCCUGGGAGAGCUGGUCUUCAUCUCCUCCAAAACAGAUUUCUCCAUCAACAAGAACCCACCUAAAGAUGGCUACAAGUUCAUCAGAUACCCAGAGUCAUUUCGUGCCUGCCUCAUGCAGGUGUGUAACUCAGGCUGGUGGGCUUUCAACGAGGCCCAUAAGAACAUGGAUCAGAUUAGACUUUACACCAUGGCAGUUCCUGAUUACAUGAAGAUGGCUGUGAAGAUCCUGUUCCAAGGCAGUGAUGAGGUUGUUGAAGCUCACCUCCCUGAACAGUUGGAGAACAUCCGUGUUGUUGCAGAUGACUGUCUUCAGCUGGCAAUUUCAACAGAAAAACGGUUCACUGAUGUCAUCAACAUUAUCCAAGAACUGCUGGAAGCAUGCGUAAAUGCUCAGCACUUUUAUGGAGAGGAGCUGGAGGAAAUCAAGCUCAAACUGGAGGAAUCCAAGCUGAGGAAACAGUCAUCAGAAGAAGCUGCUAAACGCUCAGAGAAAGCACUGAAAGACAUGGAAAAACAGCUGAACGAAGCCCAUAAAACUUACAGCGAAGCAAUGGCUUCACUGCCCAGUGGAUGGGACAUGAUAGCAAUGGAUUUGGUAAAUGGCAUAUGUGAGGGCAUCACAACUCUUAUUAAUGGAGUAACAUCCAUUUUUUCUAAAAGUGAAACACAGAAUGAUCCUAAAAAAAAAGUGUCUAAAAGUCCAGAAUCUCAAGCUGAUAGCUUUGAUGAAAUUACUAUUUAUAGUAAAUCUGCAGAAAUCCUGAAAUGCACAGAGAAAAUUCAAGAGUUUGUGAUUGAAAACACAAUUAACUGGAAAGAUUUGUAUGAUCAAAAACACAAAACUACAAAGACAAAUUUUCAGGCAGAUCAGUUCAAACGAAUCGGGGAAAAUUUAAAAGAAAUUUCAAACUGCACAGCAAAAGAGGAAGCUCAAAACAUCUGCACCAAAGGCAUCGAGAUCUGUGAAGAACUAGCAAAGUAUACACCAGAAAGGGAAUGGGAAGAAGCCAAAACAAAUGAGUUGAUUAAACUGAUCAGAAACCUGAAUAAAUUAGCUCGCAGUUUUGACAGCAAAAGUAAAUCUGUCACAAAGUCUCCUGCUCUGACUCCAAAAUCACCAAUGAUGUAUAAAGAAGAAAGUAACACUGGGAAGGUGAAAGCUUCACAAAGGGCAUCAGAUAAUGCCAGGUUCCUCAUAGAGCAGAGCCACGCUCAACUGGACAAGACCAGAGAGAGUUAUGAGAAGAGUGUAGAGAACAUGGAGAAGAACCAAAAGGAGCUGACUGACAUCCUGAUCACCAUGAGGAGGUGUGAGUUCAAAGAGACAGACUUUAACACCACUAUACAAAUGUUGGUUAAGGGCAUGGAUGCCAUGGGGAGAGUGAAGGAGCAGUGGGAGAAGAUGGUGCGCUUCUUUCAGAUGGUGUCCAACAUCGUGAAAACCAGUCUGACCAGAACCCUUAAAGAUUUUGUAUCCACAUCUGAGAAGACACAGGCGCUUUCCUACAACGCAAAGCUCUUCUCCAAAGAUCUGCUCUACAAUCAAGCCUUUCAAGCCACUAACAUCGCCAGCCUUGUCAACAUGAUCUCUACAACCUACACUGAGGUGUCCACCAAGCACAUCAUGGAUCGUGUCAGCUCUCUGGGAAAACUGAUGGUCAUGGACAAGGAAAAGCCAGAGUUUCUGUUGGAGGUUGAUCAGUUACGGAACACCUGUGAUGGGGCUCAGAAAGCCAUCUUAGUCCUUGUCCAAAAGAACAAGAAGGAGUUUGAAAAGAAGUGUCUUGCCAGACUGGAGAAGGUUGAUAAAGAGUUGCUCACCAUUCUCCCUGCUGCUGCUCCAGAUGAGAUAAAGAGCAUUCAAGAAGCUGUUCAAAGUGGAUUCACAGAAGAAGAUGAAGAAGCCUACGCCUGAGUGAAUAAACAAAAGUUCUUCUUUACAAUUAUACCCAAUAAAGCUCCUAAAGUAUAAAGCAAGUGCCUUACACUGUAAUUAGCACAGUGUUCAUAUUCAAGCUUCUUGUCACGUGAUAAUAAAUAUCAUGUGAGCAUCAUAUCAUUCAUUUUUGUCACUUUUAAUUAACUUGCCUUUUCUAAUUACAUUUAUAUUACAAAUAUAAUACACAUGUAAUAUCCUUGUGUAUGUUAAUAUAUGUGUAUGUAUUAAUGCUCUGUCUUAACAGCAAAGUGACAAAUUUAUUCUGCACUUCAAACUAUUCUCUAAUACCACAAUAUAACGUAUAACUUUUUCCAUUAGCUUUGCCGUUAACAAAAAAAUAAAGAUUUCUUACUCAUGUGUAUUACUUAGUACUCAGUAGCUUUCUUAAGUGAUAAAAGUGAUUUCUAAAAUGAUAAAAGUCAUUUACUUACAUUUACAUUUACAGCAUUUAGCAGAUGCCCUUAUCCAGAGCGACUUACUUUUUUUUUCCAUACAUACACACAGACUGACUGUUUUCUGUAUGAAUCUUGGGUCCAUGCAGGUUCCAAUAGGUCUUCUGCAGUACUUGCAAUGAUUGGGGUGCAGUUCAAUAGAUGAUUCAUCAGAAAAAUCAAACUUAUGCCACUUUUCCACAGUACAUGUUACAAUAGAUAGAAAAAAUGUUUGGAACAUAAUGUAACUGAACAAACUAUGCAUAAUUGAAUGAUAAACAAUUUUUAUAUAAGUGUAUGAGUACAUUAUGGUAGAGCAUUAUGUUCAAUCGUAAAGGUUGUGGGUUCGAUUCCCAGGAAAUACAGAUACUGAUAAAAUGUAUGUAAAUGAAAUGCACUUUGAGUUUCUUUGGAUAAAAGUGUCAGCAGUUCUGUUUGUCAUGUAAAUGCAAACAUUGACUUCUGUGUGUUGUUUUUGCUUUUCUUGUUUUGUCAGCGUGGCAGGGAACAGGGGGUUUAAGAGGUGGGUGGGGGUAGUUGUAUACUGUACCACUUUUUUUUUGAGGACUACACCACUGGUAGUAAAGUCUAAUUUCCUCAGUGUUGUCACAAAAAGAUAUAAUUAAAUAUUUACAAAAAAUGUGAGAAGUGUAAUCACUUCUGUCUGAUACUGUAUAUUCAUUGUCCAUGGCUUUGGAGCUCAAACAGGUCCAUAAAUACACAAGUCUGCUUUUAAAUAUUCAGUAAA